AUGUCCCCCCUCCUGAUUCGCCCAGGCUCUUUUCCGGAAACGGACAGACUACCCUCCCCACUGCUGCCCCCUGCCUUGACUGGCGAAGCUGCGGGAACAGAGAGAGAGCUCGGGCGAGAGAAUGACUUUGGUUCGCCGACUGAAAAGCUUCUACCAGCACUGCUGCCACCGCAGCUGAUACCGCUUGAGGGACUUAGGUAUGAGGUGGCCGUGAAGGAGAAGGAAGGGGAUGUGGAAGGGGAGCGUAUGGAGGAGGAUGGGGAGCAGCAGGAGGAGGGUGGGGGAAAGGGAACAAAGGAAGCGUUAAGGGGGAAAGGAGAGGAGGGGAUGGAGUGGGAGGGAAGAGCAGGAGGGGAGGUGGGGAUGUUUGCUGGUGGAUUGAGGAGCAAUGCAGGAAUACGAGCGGUGGUAGAGGCAGCGGCAAGGGGUAGGGCAGCUGCAGCAGCAGGAUCAAGAGAAGGAGGAGGAGUAACGGGCGUAGGGUGUGACAGUAUGGAGUGUGGCUCUGGCUUUGAAGUCCGCUGGCAGCAGCUGCUAUCCCUGCGAGAGAGAGCGGUGCUGUGCGGUGACUGUGACUGUAGCGAGGGUGCUGUUUGUGGAUGGGGGGGAAGCAAUGAUGGAGGAAGGGAGGAGGGAGGAGGAAAGUGGGGAGGAGCGAAGGUAGGGGGAGGAGGGGAGGAGGGAGAAGGAUGGGAAGGACGGAAAGGAGGGACGGGAGUGCUUGGGAGGGACGCUGCUUGCAGCCUGACUAAGGAGCGCCCCCAGCUGUUGCCAACCCUUUGCCUCUCUCCUCCAGAAAAUCAAAUCUCCACUCCUCUCUCCGCUCCAGCUACUCCUUUGUUGCUGUCUAAGUCAUCUAAAAACCCAAUCUUCCUCUCACUCCCAACCCAACUCAACCCCUUCCAACAGUUGCUUCAUGCUCUUCAUGUCUACACCGCAUCUCUCUCCUCCCUCCGAUCCCGCCUCGCCUCUGCUGCAAGCACUGACACGGCCAAUUUCUACUCCUCUCUGCCGCUGGCAAUCGUGAGCGGGAGCUUUCAUGAAGCGGCUAUGGCUAUCGAGCAGCAUAUGGUCUCGAAUUGGUUUAUAAAUGCACGUGUGAGGAUCUGGAAGCCAAUGGUGGAGGAAAUGUGUGGCACAUUCAACAAUGCACCAGAUGCGGAGGUGUGCACGGAUCAAGAUAGUUUUCGCGUUUCAAUCGCUAUCACCAUGCCGAACCGUGGCCCUGGUGCGUUCUCACAAGACUGGGAUCCAGUCGUCAUCCACAAACGACCACAGAAAGCUGCAGACACCAAGGAUCCGAAACUUGUGAACGCGGCGAGGCGGCAAGGAGCGGCUAUAGAGUCUGUUAAGAAGUACGAUGCAGGAACGAACAAGUCUGGUGCGUCGAAUCCUGCGAUGCACUCCCGGAAGCUGGCGGAGGAGACGGACGUGUUGGCGCACGAGAAGGUCUCGGCAGACGUAAAGACGGCGAUUCAAAAGGCCAGGCUGGACGCUAAGCUCACGCAAGCACAGCUGGCGCAGAAGAUUAACGAGAAACCUCAAGUUGUUCAAGAGUACGAGUCCGGGAAGGCCAUACCUAACCCACAGAUUUUGGGGAAGAUGGAAAGAGUUUUGGGGGUGAAGCUCCGGGGAAAGCUCAAGUAA